CCUGCAAGUGACGAAUGAAGGCUGGCCCACUUUCUUUGAAAAAUUAGUAAGCGCUUAAACUCUUACUCCGAAAUGAUACUCGGGAAAUUUCAGAGGAAUCAUGUUUAUCCCGAAUUACUGAUGGUGAGCAUUUCUCUGUUUGGACUUGCUGAUUAAUCCUGAAUUUGUUGUCUUUGUUUUCUUUAUUUUGUUUUUUUAUCAACAAAUUGGCUAGCUGAUACAUAUUGGAGUAUGACGUUCAUAUAAUCUAUUCCUCUUAGAAUAUAUAGACACCUACCUAAUCUUCUCCGAUGAAUCGAAAAGGCGACGUAAUCAUCUGUUAAAUAUUUGGCGGCUCUAUUUUUUCCUCCGGGAAGGGCUAGGAGGAGCUCGUCUGGUUGUUGGAACAAUAUGACUUUUUCUAUAUCAACAAACCCAUGCAUAACUCACCCAUUAAAAAAAGUGAAGGUUGGGCCAGGAACGACGCAUAAGAUUACUUAUAUUACUAUUGUAUCGUGGUACAUGAAGAUUAUCCUAAUCACAAGUUGCUUGUCAUUUAAGGUCCACAAUUAAAAGGGAGACAUGAAACCCUUCAAAGCCAUUCCAGUUCAUUCAUCCACCAUCAGGGGCCAGUCUUAGAAUAAGCAACAACAGUAAGUCAGUUUUCUUUAAUCAUUUCUCCGGGGGUUGUUCUCGCCCUUCAAGCGCCACAGUACUUCAGUUGACCUAGAGACUCCAAUUGUGAAGUCUAACGACUAACGUUGGGUAUAAGAUAGGCCGAUAGGGGAAGAAGAGAAGCAAAGGUAGGUUGGAUGGGUAGCUCAGGUGCGAGUGGUCUCUGAUCUCUGAUGCAAUUAACUCUCAUACAGGUACAGCCCAUCUUUUCUUGAUAUAAAGUUGCAACAAAGGGUAUAACGAGCCUAGGUGGCGUUAGAAAAUGAAGCAAAGAAAGCAAGAAAUCGAUUGCGGUGAAUCAAAGACGGAGGAGGUGGUGGUUGUUGCCAGACCACCACCUCCGCCGCCGCCACUUCCGAGAUUCCCAGCGUUUUCAAGGCACGGAGCAGAAGAGAGCGUCACAAGGAGAGAGAUUGCCAGGUUCUGGAGGCAGAAGCGGAUUGAAGAACACGACCACCUCCUCGCUGCUAUUAAAGCGGCAGCCAAACUCCGAGCACGCAAUCUGACGGAGCAAGACUACAUGAUCUUCCAAGAGUCCUUGGAGAAGGAGAGAGGCGAAGACGAUGCUCGUAAAAGCAAAAAUGAUGCCAAAGGCAAGGAAGUGCGCGUGGGAAUAAAGGACUGGUGGACAAAAAGCAAGUACGCGUAUUUGAACCAACCAGCCAUAGAUUCCACGGAACCUCCAAAGAAGCGAGGCUCUACUUACAUUCCCAACUGUCUGUCUUACAAGCACAGGCCCUUGUGUUCCACCUCCAUUGGUGUCUUUUAAAUGUGAGGGAUGCUACUUCCCCUGUUCUAUUUCUCGCUCCAAGUUGCGUGUUCUGUUCUAUUUAUCUGCUGAUUUGUGAAUUGUAAUAGACCCCACCAGUGUGUUGAAACGUCAAAUUGGUUUGUUCACCUUUA